GGCAAUCAGGCAAACGCACUCACAGGACUCCCGCAAAAUGUCGAACAACAGCAACAGCAGUCGAUGCAACAGCACCAACAUCAAGAGCAUUAGCAGCUCCUUUUAUGCAACACGCCACGGUGGCCAACAACGGCGGCAAUUGAUGUUGCAGCAGCUGUUGCUGCCACUGCUGCUGCUGGGCUGGUGUCGCUUCUGUUGCAGCAGCGCCAGCAAAGCCAGCGACAUCCGGGACAAUCGGGCACUCGCCUAUCUCCAGGGCAUGCACAAGCUGUGCGGCCAUGCGCUGAACAUUGCACUCGAUGCGGUCUGCUAUGACACCGGCUACAAUACGCUGGGCAAGCGACGCGCCGCCGCCGAUGCCAACACGCUGACGGAGACGAGUCAUCAUCCCGGCUACCAGCUGAGCUCCAUGCUGUCCAAUCUCUAUGGCACCGAAGUGCUGAUCAAGUCGCGUCGCCUGCGGCGUCAGAAUACUGGCAUCCAUGAGGAGUGCUGCUUGAAGGCCUGCUCCUACUAUGAACUGAGAGCCUAUUGCCGUCAGAAAGAAUAAUCACAAUCGCCUCUACACUCAUACUAUACACUCAAUGCUAAGAGAGAGACUCGCUCGUAUUCAUAUUCCAAAUCGUAUUCGUAUUUGUAUUCAUAUUCAUAUUCGUAUGCGCACUCGUAAAAGUAAUCAUAAUCGUAAUCACUUAUUUAUGCAGCAC